UUCGAAACAAAACAAAUAUUUUUUUACAUGUUAUGGAACAUGUAUUAUUAUAAAAAGUUGAGGUUAUGCUGAACAAAUAAUGUUUAUAUAUUUUUAAUUAACGAAAAUAUGGGAAUUACAUUGCUACUUGUAGCUACUGCUUUGAGUUUUAUUAACGUACAUUCUAAUUUAAUUAGUAAACAGUUAUUAAAAUGGCUUAAUAGACCAUCGUUUAAAGAAAAACAACUACUUUCUAAAAAGAAUGAUUUGAAAACACAACAAAGUACGAUAAGUAUUACCGAAAAUUUUGUUAUAUACUCGAAAAUUCAAAGGCAGAUAAAUAAAAUAGAUGACGAACUAGGCGAAUGUAGAGUUGGAAAAAAUAGCCUUACAACUCAUUUCGGAUUAACUUUCGGAAUAAAAUUUUUAUUUUCAGUAAUAUUGCUCAUGUUAUCUGUUUAUUUCAGAUCGACUCCAAUAAUAAUAUUGGAUAAAAAUAUUGAUUUAAUGCCAUUUAACUAUUUAAUUUCGUAUCCUAACAGUGGAAAUGCAGUGUCUUUUCACUUUUGGGUUAUGUGCAGUUCAGCUGUUGCAAACUUAAUUGAAUUAUAGCAAAUUACUAAUAGUGAAUAUUUCGAAUGAUAUUUGAUGGUCAAAUUAAUAUUUUUGUAAAUUGAUGUGUGUUAGUAAUUUAAAAGACAUUAAAUAUUUUAAUGAUG